AUGAGUUCAAAGAAACAGUCAAAAAUUGAAAGCUCUGAGUCUGUUUAAGAUCCAAUGAACAUAUAAAUGAUCCACUCAUUUGAGCUAUUAAAACUAGAGCGAGAUUAGUAAGAAAAUUAAGAUUAGAAUAUCUAGUAAAAAUAUGAUUAUCCGAAGUUAGAGUACGAUUACUACAUUUAGAAUUAAGAUGAAAUCGAUAAAAGAAGGAAAAAAUCUAUUGACCAGGAAAGAGAUAAGAUAUGUUUAUCAGAAGUUGAAGGACAAGAAUUUUUGCAUUAGGAACCCAUGCCUAAUGCAAAUCAUCAGUAUUGUCCUGUUUGUGGAGACAAAUUCAAGGAAUACUACGAGCAUAUUGAUAGCAAGGAACACAAGCUGAAUGUGAAGGCUUAGUUUUUCUACCUUAGAAAUAUUGAUGAUGAAAUAGCUUUCUUUGAUAAGAAAAAUAGAAAGAUACAAAAUGACGAAAUAGAUAAUAACCAAGAUGAUGAAAAAUAUUAAAACAAUGAUGAGUUUGAGAAACAGUAGAAUGAGAUGAUAAAAGAAUAUAAAGAAAAUCUUAAAGUUGAGGACUAAUUCUCAACCUAAACUUCUCAUUCUCAUAGGGAGUUAGAAUUAAUCCCUUUUUUUCUUUUUAAGCAACCCGAUCAAUAAUAAAACUAAUAAUAAGUUUAGAAUUAGAUGUAGUAAUAGGAGAUAAAAUCUAAUAAGAGCAUUACAAGAGCAGCCUUAAAGUAAAUAAACUAAUGCAGAAUCUAUGAAUUCACCGAAAUUGAUAAUUGA